AUAAAACGACGUUAGAGUGUAACCGAAUUGAAUUUUGGAACACAGCCCUGAUAUCUCCGUACAUGAUGUGAGCGCCUGGUGUUCACUGGAUUCUUACAUCAUGGCUGAUGGCUGCACUGUCGUCGUCGUACUGUUUUGCUUGGCGUUGACGAGUGCAGAUGGGAACUGAAUAGGCUAAAAGGAAAACGCUAUGUCUCUAUCGUCAUCAAGAAGAUCAUUAACGGGCAUCACGGUGCGAUCGCGAUCGCGAGGAACCGCGAUGUAGCCGUUCCAAAGUCUUUGUUUAUUUAUUUAUCGAUGAACUUAAAGUCGUUGAAUAACGUGUUUUACACACGAGCCCUGGAACAGGAUCGCAUGAAGUCAUCAUCGUCGCCGUCGCCGUCGUCGUCGUCGUCGUCGUCGUCGCCGUCGCCGCCGCGGUCGUCGUCGCCACUGCAACAACAGUGGCAACCCUUUCGAUCAUCCUCGUCGUUUCUUUGGAGUGCCUUCUACCCACCUUCGUUUUCCCUUUUUCGAUCACGUAACAAUUCUCACGUUUGCUCGCCUCCUUUUUCUUCGGAUGUGAACUGGAUGUCUCCUCGAUUUGUACAAUUUCAAUUAGACUUGUCGUAGUUUCAACUAGGUUUCCAGACCAAAGUUUGUUUUUAUAUUACUGACGCAUUUGACAUUGGUGUAUACAUUUGCUAAAACCAUGUCCCAGUUAACCAUGAGUAUAGGGAAGCGCGGGCGGAGCGUUGCAAGCACGUCGGCAUCAACCGUGUCAGCAUUAAGUUCCUCGACCGACUUAGCCAGUCUUUUUGAGUGUCCAGUUUGUUUUGAUUACGUACUCCCACCUAUCCUCCAGUGUCAAAGUGGACAUCUCGUCUGCAGUAAUUGCCGACCAAAGCUCACCUGUUGUCCAACUUGCCGUGGACCCUUAGGUAACAUUCGUAAUCUGGCAAUGGAAAAGGUAGCGAGUAAUGUAAUGUUCCCAUGUAAGUAUUCUACCAGUGGGUGCACAGUGUCUUUGGUCCAUACCGAGAAACCAGAUCACGAAGAUGCCUGCGAAUUCCGUCCGUACAGCUGUCCAUGCCCUGGAGCAUCUUGUAAAUGGCAAGGAUCCCUCGAACAAGUAAUGCCACACCUCGUUAUGAGUCACAAGAGUAUCACCACUCUUCAAGGUGAAGACAUUGUAUUUUUGGCAACUGACAUUAAUCUGCCCGGCGCUGUCGAUUGGGUAAUGAUGCAGUCAUGCUUUGGUCAUCAUUUCAUGUUGGUCCUUGAAAAACAAGAGAAAUACGAUGGUCAUCAACAAUUCUUCGCAAUCGUGCAACUAAUUGGUUCCAGAAAACAAGCGGAAAACUUUGCAUACAGAUUGGAAUUGAACGGACACAGAAGACGUUUAACGUGGGAGGCGAUGCCACGUUCCAUACACGAAGGCGUCUCAUCAGCUAUCCUGAACUCGGAUUGUCUAGUGUUCGACACGACGAUCGCUCAGCUCUUCGCCGACAAUGGCAACCUGGGGAUCAAUGUGACCAUCUCCAUGGCAUGAGGAAAAUCGCAAAGUCUGCUUGAGAUAACUCAAGCUUAACGAACGCCCUUUUAAACCGAUCUUAAACGGUUCAAAAAAUAUUUAAAGGGUAGCUCGAUACGUACAAGAUAACUUGUAAAUAGCGUGACGGCGUGCGACAAUUCAAAGACGUGGAUGUCGGAGAGGGUGCUCGUGAGAGACAAGAAUGCCUUGGGGGAUACGAAAGCUUCGUAGCGUGCUCGUUUGUGAUAUUAACUUACUAAGAUAUCAAUAGAGAGAGAUAACUUUUUAAUAUUCUUAGUGGCAUGACUUCGAAGCUUUUUUCGCCCUGGAUGCCUUUCUCGAUUACGACUAAUAUUCGAGCGACGUUUUAUUGCCCGUUUGUGUUGCCCCCUCUUGGCUUCCAUAACGGUGCUUUAGACUUCAAUUCGAUCUUCACCUAGAUAUCUAUUUGACAAGGGUUUAAGAUUGUUGCCAGAUCGAUUUGCUUCGCCGGUCGUAUCUGCGUAAUUUUAAAAGGUAACGCUCUUUGUUUCUUCAUUGAAGCAUCGUUACAAGGACUUUUGAAAUGUUCAGAACAAGCGACCGUUAUAUUUCCUUACUUCUAUUCAGUAGAUUCCACUUUGGCUAGCCAGUGUAACUUAUUGAUCGAUUGAUUCAAUCCUCUUGACAUUGGAUCAAUCAGCUGCAUCUAUUAUCUAAUAGAUGAAUCUACUGGAUCUGAGUAAUGGGUGCUAGCGAACUCAGACUGAAAAAAAAAAUUACAUAGGGAGGUUGAACCACAGCCGCAUAAUCUACAGCGACUACCAAAUUCAUCGGUCUUGUGACUUUUCAUGGCUUACCAUUACCAUUGACCAUUAUGGUUCGUACGAUAUGUUAAGAGGAACCUGUAGAGGAGGAACUUAUAAAUGAAAUACAAGGUAAGUUCUCCUUAGGGAUCUUUCACAAUAUAUAGAUCGAUUAUGUUACAUAACGUUAGUUCGUAAUUAAUUCUUUCUGUACGUUCGAAAAUCAUUUUAGCUUUUAAGUUAUCCUGGUUUAUAGAAAAAAGUCCGUUUACAAACUCACGCUCAAAUUUGUUAAUUAGCUCAGAAUGUACAUUACCAAUCGAAUCUACCAAAUUCAUUUUUAUCCGUAAAGUCAUAUUCACACCAAGUAGCUGUCAAUUAGAUUUCAAUUGUUUUGAUGACUCGCAAGCUAACUCCAAUCAAUAUCAUUUACAAAAUUCAUUUUUUGGCGUGGCAUUCAUUUUCAUUUCUUCUACUUAUUCGUAAACUUUCGUUUCGCUCUCCGCUGAAUUCGCGCUGCGGCCAAAAUUUAUUUAUUUAUUUAUUUAUAUGUCACGUUAUACUUCGUAGUAAACUUUACUUAUUCCGAUGUCCGCAUUCCAGAUUAUUGGACGACUGUUAGAUUUCUGAAGAAAUCAUUCUUCUCAUAAUCCUAUGGAUCAAUUGUCAAAGCCUGUAUGACUAUACGGAGAAAAUCGAUGUUCCUUAUUGGCACGAUAGAAGAAUCUACACGAUCGGAGGAAGCCAUUGAUCGUUCGCCAUCCCCAUUUCACGUCCAUCUUAAUCCUAUUGCAUUUCACAAAGGACUGGAAAAUGUCAGGAAUGAAAUGUUCGAAGAAAAGUAAAAAAGGAUAAGGAACGAUUCCUGUUUUUUCUCUUUCGGAAAGGCACUAUCGUUAUAAAUAGAUCGUAAGAUACUAUCAUCGUUACUUAUACGCGAAGAGGAAAAAAAUAAGGGUUGGCCAGGUGUUUCCUAAUAGGAGCAGAGUAUCGAAUCGAACUGAGAACUAUUAAAAAAAGAAAAAGAGAUAGCCCAAAAGUAAGAGCGAUCAAGUGAGUACUUUAACGUGAGGUUCGUUUCAGGAGAUGGUUUAGACUGAUUCGUAAGUCGUAUUAAUAAUGAUAUUGUCACGGUAUUAAUCAGGUUGGCAUUAUUGAUUAUAAUCGAGACCAAAUUGAAGCAAGAUGUUAUUCGUCGACGUCAAGAGAAGUUUUAAGACUAGUUUCGUGCUUUUGCAUUGUCAUUGAAAAUAACGCAAAGAUUGAUUAUCGGUUCGAUGCCCUGUCGGGCGACAAUGCGAGUAAUUCAAUGAGGUUAUUUAAAAUGAAAUGAAAAAGAAGAAAAAAAAGGGAUUCUAUGAAUACACUAUAUCGCGCACUCUUCCAUUACUUUUGACGCAUGCAUGAUAAACCGUAGGGUCCGAUCGUUGAUGAUCCAGGCGAGACACGUGGUGUUGCUGUAAAUAAGUAAAACUUGCUAUGUGAUACGAUUAUAAUUAGUGUAAAUUGACGUGCUGAUCCGAUAGAGUUUCAAAGUAAUAAGCGGAACCAAAACACCGCAGCCGUUUAUGGUGUCGUUGUACUGCAGUUAGCAACUGAGUUUACACUGAGCGACAGGAGGAGUAGUUAAUGUCUUUUAAAUAAGAUUGAGAAUAAAGCUUCAUGGUCUUUUCGGCGGUUACUAUAAAAUGGAAUAAGAAAGGACAGAAAAGGAAAUGCGUUGUCUGUUGCCAAAUUUGCUAUUAUUUUAUUGUUUGAGACACUUCUUCGUUCCGUGUGUCUUUUUCAUUUUCUUUUUUUUUUCUUCAUUUUCAUUUGUUCAGAACUUCCAGACGCCGAAAUUACCGUUUAAAUGCAAUUUUCAUAUAAUUUAUCUUUAUUAGAUCCUACUACCUAGGGCCAACAACUAUUGUACAUAAUUUAAUCGAAGUUCGAACCUAAAUAUAUCAGUAGCGUUCAAUGUCUCAUUAUAAUUAAUUUAUUAUUUAGUAUCUCGUUAGGUACAGUUCAUUGUUACUGUAGUAGGUCUACGAAUUCAAUGUGUUUUUUUCGACAGUUAACAAACAAUAUAUUCUUCAGCAAUUCACACGUGGUUUCCCAUAACGAUAUGGAUAUAUGUGCUAUAAUUGAAAAAUUAUAUGUAUUUCACUGCAAAACCGUGUACGUGCAUAUUUUGUAUGUAAAAUGAUAUGCAGAGCCACGUGUCGGUUGCUUUAGACUUCGUUGCUUUGGGUCAGGCAAAAAAAAUGAAUCUGGUAGACCGACUUUACGUUAAUCGAUAACGUUACACACUCUGAAAAAAAAAGAAUAUGCAAAUUCGUUUCCGUAAUGUGUUUAACUUCUUAUAGAAUUAAUAUCCCGGUAUUUUAUCAAUCGAUCGAUUUACUGUACAGAAUAUUCGUCGAAGUUUAGGAUUUUCUUAUUUUUUAUCAAGUCGAUAUUUGUAUUUUGGUCGCCUCACGUUCCAUCAAAUCUCGUAAACUUGUUUCUGUGAAUUUGACAAGAUCGUAAUGAAAUUUUGAAGUGAUACAAGUUCCUUACACAAAACGUAACCAAUUGAAAUAACCUAGAUAAUCGUAAUAACGAAAAUAUUUAUCAUCAGAUUUCGAAUUUGACAUUUUAAUAAAAGCAUAAUACAAAUUACGUUCAAUUAUCGACAGUGUAUAAAGUUUAAAGGGAAUCAUUGAGAUUGUCUCGGUGUAUAGUAAAUGAUUGAAUUAUUUUUUAAAAAUUAUUUUGACGGUACGUAUCGUGCUGAUUGAUUAAUAAAUGAGUAAAGAGUCCGAAUAAUAGAAGUAAAAUGCAUCCCAUGAUGGAACGAGUUUAUUUAACGAUGUAAAUAUAUUUAUAAGACAUUAAAGAUGUACAACAAUGUAAUGGCAUGAAUAAAAUCUUUUUUUUCUAAUAAAAAUUAUUACAACUCGAAAA